AUGUGCAGUGCGACGCCUUUUGACACUCGCUAUAUCUACGCUGUAUCUCGAGCACGGUGGCCUGGAGAACACCUAACGUACAGCUGUCAGUCUGGUUACAGUUUCAGAGAUAGCCUCACGUCAACAACCAGAACUACCAUCUGUCAAGAUAACGGACAAUACAGCACCCUCUCGCCGUGCUACAGGACGUGUCAACCACCGGUGACCGGUGACAAUAUUCACGCCAGUAAAACAGGGACUAUAUACGGCCAUGACGUCAUCACUUACACAUGUUCCACUGGGUUCGAGCUGCCAUCUGCUGAAAGAACAGUGUAUGUCCUUUGCCAGCAAAAUGGCGUGCUAAAUACCACGCAUAUUCCAAACUGCCAGCCUGUAAGAUGUCAUCUCAAUAACCUCGGUCCUAAUAGUUAUGCCGACGACAUGUAUUUAAGCUAUGGAAAUAAUGCUGAUGUAUAUUGUAACGAAGGAUAUCAAUUUCCAAGUGGUGGCACCUCACUCAGAGUUCACUGUCAGUCAGAUGGUCGCCUCUCUUCACCCGUCCCGUCUUGUCAACUGAUAUAUUGUGCUAUUCCAAUGGUUCCCAAUGCCAUACCAAGCAAUAUCAGUUUUGUCCCAUUUGAACAAAGUAUUACCAUUCAGUGCAGACAGGGUUUUCAGUUCCCAAGCAAUACGACUACUGCGGUGAUAAAAUGUGGCGAAAACAACAACUUCUCCCCAACUCUACCAGAUUGUAUGAGAAGGCAAUGCCACAUUCCGGCAACAGAUCAGUGGUUCGAUAUUACUUCUAUUUUAACACAAGGGGCAGCCUAUUUCUUUGAGGACGUUGUAGAUGUCAACUGCAUUAAGGGGUACUCUUUCCCAAAUGGCGCGUCCCAAGGCAGGGUAACCUGUGGUGUAAACGGGUCAUUUACCCCUCAGUGCUCCAGAAGGAGCUGCGUUCUACCAGAGACCAACGACCGUGUAUUGUACAAGCCAGGACCUUAUUAUUAUGGAGACACCGUUAACCUGACAUGUCGGCCAGGAUACACGUUCCAAGAUGGACGAGAUUCUGUGCUCAUUUCUUGUGACGAGUUUGGUAGUUUUGGAAAUAUCUCCGUGUUCUGCAAAAGCCAGCCCGUAUUGUUACUUGCAAACGAGCAGAAUGCUGCACAGAAAGCUGGGAUAAUAGGGGGCGUUGGUGCUGCCGUGAUUGUUCUGCUUCUUUUUAUUGUGGCUAUUGUGUAUCUUGUAAGGCGAAGCAGGGGAACUGCCCAAACUAACAAGAAGAACACAGCCCAGACUAAAAUGCUGGACCAAAAUGCAGACUAUUCUGAACAUUUAAAUGCCAAUGAACACAUCGCGGACUUUGCCGGAGAUCCGGGCUUUACGCAAAUUGAAGUAUAUGGACCGUCAAGUCAUGCACAAAUAGACCCACAAUAUGAAAAUACAUUCGGUGUGAUUGCGGCUACAUCGGACAUACCACACGAUGACUCCGGUUUGUAUGCAGUUCCAGACAAGCGAAAGAAAAUGAUAUCAAGUUACCACGAUGAGGGAGUAGAUAGCGACCAUGAUGGCUUUUAUGACCCGGCAAAAGACCCGGAUGUUGCUGAUGACGUCGUCUUUGUUGAUAAUGACAUUUACGAAGCCGGCGAUUCUGAGAACGCUGACGUCUGAGAUACGAGAACAACGACUUUCAUUUAAAAAGAAAAAAGAAACGAUCUUCUCAACGACAAAUAGUCUUUACGUCCUAUUAUCGCUAUCAAAGACUUGUCUUUCUGACCGACACGUGUAUUUUAAAUGUCCUUUUUUUUGUAAUGAUUGUUUUUGUGAUAUAAUGACUGUGUGAUUAAUCACUAGAGAGCAUUCCGUAGGAGCAGUUUAUAAAUAUAUAAUUAUUAUAUUAACAUUCAAUAGUUUAUACCCUUUUGCGGUUAAGAACAUGCUACCAAAGAUAUAAGAGACUUUAGUUAGAAUAAUGCAUUUUAUUUUUGAUGUAUCUUGUCAUUUAACAUUUGUGUCAUUAACACUGAUUAGCAGGAACUUCUUGCAACUAAUUAAAUGAAAGAUACAAUUAAUAAUUAUAUCCAUGCACGUGUUUGUUAUCAUUAGGUAGGGUAAAUAAUUACAUUUUUUUGCAGAGCUCUACCUCUUA